AUCUUUCCGACGCAACAAGAAUCGCUUCAAUCGGAGCAAGAACGCGAAAGCUAUGAAGAUUCAAAGUUCAUGAGCUUGCGUUACAAUUGCGGCGGUUACAAAGUGAAGUUGUGGGGUGACUUUAUAUGGAGUUGGGACCUUUGGGGGUUGGGGAAAUUUGUCACUCUACUCAAGAUCAAUGGACACCUGAGUGGCUAAGGCAGCAGAUUCUGCAGGAGGACUUCCGCAGACGCCAUGUGGGAGGUGGUGCUUCCACUAAGACUGCUGAGGGGUAUGGAGCUGCAGGGCGCGGCAGAGGAAGAGGGGGUUGGAGAGGCCGAGGCCGUGGGAGGAGCUUUGGCAGAGGUAGUGGCCGAGGUGACUAUAAUGAGGGGCAUGGGAGCUCUAGUGGCAAGGGGAGUACCAGAAUCGAGGGCACCUGCUGGUACUGCAAGAAGGUCGGGCAUCCUUGGUUUAAGUGCUUCAGCAGGCCGGAGGGAUGGGCACCUCCAGGCAUGAAGCCGCCCAGUGGUGAACGCGCACAAGGUGGCGCUGUGCAAGGCUCAGGUGCACAAGGUGAAGGUGCACAAGGUAAUACCUAUCCUGGGAUGUUUCUCA